AUGCUGCACAGUGACCCCUCUCCCACAUUGACACGAUCGACACUGGAACCUUCACCUUAUAGGGGCAACGAUGUCACAGAUGUUUGGAAUCCUGAUUUCAAUAGUGAGCUCCCGAUGUACAAUGGUUCCUGGAUGUAUGAGGGCUAUAACGUGGAAUCGCCUGGUACACCUGAACCUUCCCAGGAGUCCCCGGUGUCCUCUUCCAGUCGCCAAGUCAACUCACAGUUGAGUCAUUGGCUUUCCCAGCCCGUGUUAUGCGAUAUUCCCAUCAUUAUGGACAUCACUAUGGGGGAGUUCAAAGGUAAAAAUGUCUAUGUGAAGCCUACAUUGUUGGGAGAUGGAAGUGUCGUUGCAAGGUUGAAGCAGAAGAAAACUGUCCGUGAUGUAUUGUUGGACUUAGUGGAGAGAGCGAUGAAGCGGGUCAAGGUCAAUGAAAAUCAGCUGCUUGUUGUCAUCGAUAUAAGGAACCCUCACUUCAGGAAGUGUGUGUGA